CCAGUUGAGUUGAAGACCUCUCUCAGUCCUUGAUUUUCGCCUUCUCAGAUUGAAUCGAGAGAAAAUGGCCGAUCAUGUGAAUGAGCAGCCGCACGAAGAGUAUCUUGACGUUCUCACCAAAGCUGGGGACAAAACCGGCGUCUCUAAGCCCAGGGGAGAUGUCCAUAGAGAUGGUGACUACCAUCGAGCUGUUCAUGUGUGGAUAUUUGCUGAAAGCACACAAGAACUUCUGCUUCAAAAACGUUCUGAUUGCAAAGAUUCUUGGGCUGGGCUUUGGGACAUCUCUAGUGCUGGUCACAUAUCUGCUGGGGAUUCAUCCCUUGUCACAGCUCGGAAGGAGCUUCAAGAAGAGCUUGGUAUUAAACUCCCAAAGGAUGCAUUUGAACUGCUAUUUGUUUUUCUUCAAGAGUGUGUCAUAAAUGAUGGAAAGUUCAUUAACAACGAAUACAAUGAUGUCUACCUUGUCACAAUGAUAGAUCCGAUUCCAUUGGAGGCCUUUACUCUUCAGGAAUCUGAAGUUUCAGCCGUUAAAUAUAUAUCUGUAGAGGAGUAUAGGAGGCUGCUUGUGAAUGAAGAUCCUCAUUAUGUGUCUUAUGAUGUGAAUGAUCAAUAUGGCCAACUCUUUGAAAUCUUGGCCAAAAGGUACAAACAAAAUGCUGAAGCACGUUCAUUGAAUCUACAGAAAAAGCUGAACUGUUAUGCUCAUGUUUCUCUUGAUGCAAAGUUAACUGGGCUUAGCAGUGCAGACAAGGAAGCUUUAUCUCUAAUUGUUGAAGCUGCAAAAAUAAUGGAUCAAAUUUUCUUUCUGCAGGUUUGGUGCAGCAAUCCAUCUUUAAGAGAUUGGUUAGAGCAGCAUGCUGAUGAAUCCCAACUGAGCAAAUUAAAAUGGAUGUGUUACUGCAUCAACAAAAGUCCGUGGUCUUGUCUGGAUGAAAAUGAAGCCUUUUUGACAACUGCUGACUCAGCUGUGAAGCUGCUUCCCCAAGCUACAAAGCCAGUGACCGGGUGGAAAGGACUUGAAUAUAGGGCGGCAUUUCCCAGUGUGAAACCGCCAGGUGCAAAUUUUUAUCCUUCAGAUAUGGACAAAACGGAGUUUGAGUUGUGGAAAAAUAAUCUAUCAGAAGACAAGAAGAACGAGGCAACUGGGUUUUUCAAUGUUAUAAGGAGGGAAAGUGAAAGAAUAUUGGAUGAGUCACUGUCACCCACAUCAGCUAGCUGCAGUAUUCAUGUGCCUGAUCUAUAUAUUGUCCCUUAUUCUAAGGAGUACAAUGAUUACCUUUCAAAAUCUGCUGAUCUACUGCACAAAGCUGGAGACUUGGCCAGUUCACCUAGCUUGAAGAAGCUGUUGCACAGCAAGGCUGAUGCAUUCUUGUCAAAUGAAUACUAUGAUUCAGAUAUCGCCUGGAUGGAAUUGGACUCAAAGCUAGAUGUGACCAUUGGCCCUUACGAGACUUAUGAAGAUUCAAUUUUUGGAUACAAGGCCACGUUUGAAGCUUUCAUUGGAAUUCGGGAUGAUGAGGCAACAGCUCAACUUAAACUAUUUGGUGAUAAUUUACAGGUUUUGGAGAAGAAUCUUCCUAUGGAUGAUGCCUAUAAAUCUGAGGAUGUCAGUGCAGCCCCAAUUCGAGUUGUCCAGCUUAUUUAUAAUUCUGGGGAUGUGAAGGGUCCACAAACUGUUGCAUUUAACCUUCCAAAUGACGAACGCAUAGUAAAGGACAGAGGAACGUCUAUGGUCAUGCUCAAAAACGUCUCUGAAGCAAAGUUCAAACUUAUCCUUGAGCCGAUUGCAAAUGUAUGCAUAGUAGAGGAGCAACGUGAAUAUGUAGACUUUGACUCAUUCUUCACACACACAAUUUGUCAUGAGUGCUGCCAUGGUAUUGGACCUCAUUCAAUAACACUACCUAAUGGUAACAAAUCUACUGUGAGAUUGGAGUUGCAAGAACUUCACUCAGCUCUUGAAGAAGCUAAAGCUGACAUUGUUGGACUUUGGGCCCUAAGAUUUCUAGUCAACCAGAAUUUACUCCCAAGGACCUUACUCAAAUCCAUGUAUGUCUCAUUCCUUGCUGGCUGUAUCCGUUCUGUACGCUUUGGCUUAGAGGAAGCUCACGGGAAAGGGCAAGCACUGCAGUUUAACUACUUAUUUGAGAAAGGAUCCUUUGUCUUGCACCCUGAUGGAACAUUUUCAGUUGACUUUGACAAGGUUGAAGAUGCUGUAGAAAGCUUGAGUCGCGAAAUUCUGACCAUACAAGGAAGAGGCGACAAAGGGGCUGCAAAAACUCUUCUUUCCAAGCAUGGCACAAUGACUCAACCGCUGAAAAAUGCACUCGAAAAACUAGAAAAGAUUCAGGUUCCAGUGGAUAUAUUGCCGGAGUUCCCAAUUGCGGAUAAAAUUCUGGGCAACAUCAAUAAUAAUAAUAACUCUUGAAAGGUUUAGUUGGUUCAUCAAUCACCAUAAUUUAUUUAAAUUUCUUGUGUUUAUUAUGCCAUGCCCGACUUGUUAAUAAAACAAAGGGCAAUGACUCGAACUUUCUUUGGCUUGCAUACGAGUGCAGUGCACAUCUUUAUUCAAUUUUUCUAUCUAUCAAGUCUAAUGAAGUUGAAAUUUGCAUAUUUGUUCAACAGUUAUGCUUUUUGACAUAUGUUGGAUGUGUUUGUCUUUGUAGUUGUAUCCAUAUUCAUGUUCACGCAUGGAAGAUGAUUUAUAUAUUAGAAUUAUUUAUUAGUAUUA